AUGGCGUCCAACACCUUUUCACUAGCCACCCGCCUCCCUCUUUCCAAUGGUCUCUCUAUUCCUCAGAUACAGUUGGGCGUCUACUUGAUGUCAGAACGAGAGGCAUUUGAGGCAGUCAAAUGGGCCCUCGAAGCCGGCUAUCGUGGGGUCGACAGUGCUCAGAUGUACCACAAUGAACGAGCCUGCGGUCAGGCCAUCUUAUCCUUCCUCGAUGACAAGUCUCUUAAUACCACAGGCCUGACCCGUGAGGACAUCUUCUUCACCUCUAAAUUGGCCACAAACACUAGCUAUGACACUGCUCGUCGCUCCAUCAGAAGAUCCGUCGAAACAAGCGGCCUAGGUUACAUUGACUUGUUCCUUCUUCACAGCCCUUACGGCGGGAAAAACGCUCGGCUCUCUUGCUGGAGAGCUGUCGAAGAUGCUAUCCAGGACGGCGAGGUCAAGCUGGGAGGGGUCAGUAAUUUUGGAACCAAGCAUUUGGACGAGCUGGUCGCCGCGAAGCCGCGCAUCAUGCCCUGUGUAAAUCAGAUCGAAGUUCACCCAUUCAAUACGCGGACAGAGAUCGUCGAAACGUGUCGCAAAUAUGGAAUUCUGAUAGAAGCCUACGCCCCUCUUGCACGAGCCCUCCGCAUGGGCCACCCGACCAUUGUCUCACUGUCCCAGAAAUACAAAUGCACCCCUGCCCAACUGAUGGUCCGGUGGAGUCUCCAACACGGCUAUAUUCCACUGCCUAAAAGUGUAUCGCGAGAUCGAAUCAAGGCAAAUGGCAAUGUUGGUCAUUUCGACAUAUCCAGCGACGACAUGCAGACCAUGGACGGUUUAGACGAAUACUUGGUGACUGACUGGGAUCCGGUCGACACAGACUAA